AUGGCCACAGAAACCGUCCUCAUCGUUGGAUCAACCGGCCACAUCGGGACUUCAGCUGCUCAAGGUGCUCUCAAAGCCGGACUUAGCGUGCUAGCUAUCGUCCGGAACGCGAGAUCUGCGGAAAAGCUCUUCAGAAAUCUGGGUUCUAAGGAGCGCAUCACUACAGUUGAGGCAGAUGUCACAUCACCCACCGGGGUUCAGUGUGUAGUAGACCAGGUCAAGGCCGGGAGGCUCCCUGCCUUCCAGCAUGUCUACUCUUGCGUGGGCGGGCCUUAUGACGCGGAAUCUCUUUACGACCUUGACGACAAUAAGUUCUUGGAAAAUAUGACCUUCACCUUCUACCCGAACUUCUACGCGUACCGCGCCACGAUCCCCUACCUCCUCGCCCAGAACCACCCGAACAGCACAUGGACCAUCUGCACUGGAGGGCAAGGCGACAUCGGGGCUCGCCCCGGAGCUGGGAUGGCUCAAGGCGCCCUCUACUCUAUGUCUACUUCUGCAGCUCGUCAGAACAAGGAAACGAAUAUCCGCUUUAACGAGGUUUACCUUUUCAUGCGCGUCGAGGUUGAUGCUGAAGCGGAGGCGCAUGGCGUCCAGAAAGCUUCUCAUUUUGCAAAUGUUUAUGAGACGUUAUUGAGUAGAAACGACGUGAGAAGUGCAAGAGUACUUGUUACUAGGGAGGAGGAUCUUGAUGUGCUAAGGUUCGAGUACAAAGAUCAGAAGUUGUUGGAAGUCGGAACUCGCCUACUGGGCGCAUUUGACUAA